AUGAGCUGGGCUUAUCUCUCUAAACGCGCACAGGCUCGCACUGAUAAGGUGCAAUUGUUAAAAGAAGGUUUUUUACAGGCUCAAUCAAAGCCUCAUCACAAAACUGAAAAUAGUAAUGGUAUAAUCAAUUUGGGACUUGCUGAAAACCAAUUAAUGGUAGAGGAAUUAUUACAAAAGCUACCUGGUUUAUUCGAUUUAGAAACUAGACAUCUACAAAAUUGUCAUAAUACUGGUUCACAAGAGCUUAGAGCCCAUGUUGCUAAACUUAUAAAUAGAUAUUUCAAUGUACAAACUGAAAUAUUACCUCAACAUGUAACCGUUCAUACUGGGGUAACUAGUGCUAUUAAUGAUUUAGCAUAUGUGUUGUGUGAUGAAGGCGAUGGAAUUUUAAUACCAACUCCUUACUAUGGUGCUAUUGAUGAUGAUCUUUAUCUCAAAGUUCAUGCAAGAGCUAUUCCUGUACAUAUUGGCACUGAUGCUGAUAUAUUUGAUGAACAGAUUCAUGUUGAACGGCUUGAACAUGCAUACCAAAAAUCUACAAAUGAUGAUUCCAUUAAUGUCCGUGCUUUACUUGUCACAAAUCCACACAAUCCACUUGGUCAAUGUUAUCCUCGUUCAGUGAUUGAGGCUUUAUUAAAAUUUGCAAGUAGCCAUAAACUGCAUGUCAUUUUUGAUGAAAUCUUUGCUCUAUCAGUAUUCGAUCAUGUGUUGGAAAGCCGUCCACCUGUAAGCGCUUCAUCAAGAACUCCUUUACCAAGAACAAAACAACCAUUUGUAUCAGUUUUAUCAUUGGAUAACCUUGAUGAAUUAAUCGAUCCUGCAUUUGCACAUGUUAUUUAUGGACUAUCAAAAGAUUUUUGUCUAAAAGGUUUUCGUGUAGGGUUUUCAAUUAGUCCUUAUAAUCAAGCAUUGAGAGAAGCUUUAAAAAAUAUUGCAGAACUUUCAUGGGUUGGAACUCCAGCAGAAAAUAUUGCUACCAAUUUACUUGCAGAUGAAAAUUACAUUGAUUGGUUUUUGACAACUAAUCAACGACGUCUUGGUGAAAGCUAUACUCGUGCAACUAAUCUUUUAAAUGAAAAUAAAAUCUCAUUUCUUCCAGCACAAGCUGGUCAUUAUAUCUGGAUUGAUUUUAGAGAGUAUGUACAAGGAAAUAGAUCAAAAGAACAUGAAUUAUAUAAAGAAUUUUUGAAGAACGGUGUUUAUGUUUCACUAGGCGAUGCAUUUCAUGCUGAAGAGCCUGGCUGGUUUAGUUUGGCAUUUGCUGUUGAAUGGGAUGCUUUAAAAUUAGGCAUACAAAGAAUCAUAGAUGUUUUGGCGAGAUUUGGAAAAUAA